CGGGGCCAGAUAGCUGAAGGGGUGGGGCGCACGCUGGAGCCUAAGUGGGGUGGGAGCGCGAAGAUGGCCGCCACUGAGGAGGAGCCGAAGCCCAAAAAGCUGAAGGUGGAGGCGCCGCGAGCGCUGAGUGAAAAUAUUCUCUUUGGAAUGGGAAAUCCUCUUCUUGACAUCACUGCUGUAGUGGAUAAAGAUUUCCUUAAUAAAUAUGCUCUUAAAGCAAAUGACCAAAUCUUGGCUGAAGACAAACACAAGGAACUGUUUGAUGAACUUGUAAAAAAAUUCAAAGUCGAGUAUCAUGCUGGUGGUUCUACACAGAAUUCAAUUAAAGUGGCCCAGUGGAUGAUUCAGCGGCCACACAAAGCAGCAACAUUUUUUGGAUGCAUUGGGAUAGAUAAAUUUGGGGAGAUCCUGAAGAAAAAAGCUGCCGAAGCCCAUGUGGAUGCUCAUUACUAUGAGCAGAAUGAGCAACCAACAGGAACUUGUGCCGCAUGCAUCACUGGUGACAACAGGUCCCUUGUAGCUAAUCUUGCAGCUGCCAAUUGUUAUAAAAAAGAAAAACACCUUGAUAUGGAGAAAAACUGGAUGUUGGUAGAAAAAGCAAGAGUUUAUUAUAUAGCAGGCUUUUUUCUUACAGUUUCACCAGAGUCAGUGUUAAAAGUGGCUCACCAUGCUUCUGAGAACAAUAGAAUUUUCACUUUGAAUCUGUCUGCACCAUUUAUUAGUCAGUUCUACAAGGAAUCAUUGAUGAAAGUUAUGCCUUAUGUUGACAUACUUUUUGGAAAUGAGACGGAAGCUGCCACUUUUGCUAGAGAGCAAGGCUUUGAGACUGAAGACAUUAAAGAGAUAGCCAGAAAGACACAAGCUUUGCCAAAGGUGAACUUGAAGAGGCAGCGAGUCGUGAUUUUCACCCAAGGGAGUGAUGACACUAUAAUGGCUACAGAAAGUGAAGUCACUGCUUUUGCUGUCUUGGAUCAGGACCAGAAAGAAAUUGUUGAUACCAAUGGAGCUGGAGAUGCAUUUGUUGGAGGUACAGACUCAUUUAUUUUAUACUUACUUGUUUUCUAUCUCAACUGGUCUCUGACAAGCCCCUGAAUGAAUGCAUUCGUGCUGGCCACUAUGCAGCAAGCGUCAUAAUUAGGCGGACUGGCUGCACCUUUCCUGAGAAACCAGACUUCCACUGAUGGAAAAGCAGGAAACCCAAGCCCAGGAGUACAAACACUGCCCUGAUUGCCUCCUGAGAAUUCCUAGAGUAAUAAAGAAGAAAACCAUCUGCCAUCUUUUCUUACUGUAUAACGUUCAUUCUUAAUUUAGAGGGUAUAGUAAUGCUCAGUAGAAUCUUUAUUCUCUCAACAAACUAAAAAAAUUGUUUAUUUCCAUAGUUUGAUAGUGCCACUGAAAUGUUAAUUAAACAGGAAUAUAACAUUUCGAUAGAAAUUUUUAUUUAAUUUUCGGUUACUUUGUAAAUUCAUGAGUAUUUAGCAAAUUGAUCAGGUUUUUUUUUUACAUUUCUGCUUUGAAUGCAGAUGCAAUUUAAUAUAAGAGAUUUUUAAAGGAAUUAAUUCUAACAUCAAUCUUUAGCUUUUUAUACAAGUAUAUUUAAUUUAGGAAUGUGUGUAUGUAUGUAUGUGUACACAUAUGUACACAUAUAUGUAUACAUAUAUGUACCACAUAUAUACAUGACAAAUAGUCAAAUAGGUACAUUUAUCAAAAAUAUAUAUCUUGCCAAAUUAUGCCAAAUAAUCUCUUCAGUGCAUACUCAAAUAUAUAAUAAACUUUGGAUAAUUAAGUAAUUUGCCAAAUUCUAAGUUAUAUUGCAAUAUUCAAAUCAUAAUCUUAUACUUACUUAUGGUACUCUGUAAUUUGAUACAAAUAAAAACUUAUCAUGUGGAUUUUUUUUUCUGUCUUUGCCCUGUGCUCAACAAACUAAGGAAGAAAGAUCAUUAUUUAAUACUGGACCCUGAAAUGAUAUCUAAUUUAUUAAUGGAGAUAGAAAGAACAACAACAUAAUACAUAGAAAAAUAAUAUUGGUUACCAGUAAGUCACUAUUUUAAGGAAGACAAAUGGUAUAAUAGAACCUUUGGAAUCCACUUGAUCACCUUUAUAUGACCUUGGACAAAUUACUCAGCCUCUUCGAGCUUCAAUUUCCUUUCUAUAAAAUGGGAUAAUAACCCCUUUGUACAAGGUCAUGAGGUGAUUUGAGAGAGAAUACCAAAUAUAAAAUACUUGGCACAAUGCCUAAUAAGUGCCUGCUAUUUUUAUCAUAAUGAUUAUUGUUGUCGAAGAAGAAAAAAAUAAUGUAAAACUGAAUUUAAAUCAUAGAAAAAGGUUCAAGUUUUUGUUUUGUUUUAUGUUUAGGUAAACUUUAAGGUCACCUAUGCUUGUUUGUCUUUUUUUUAUAUUAUUGGUAUAUAAUUCAUAUAACAUAAAAUUUUCCAUUAUAAAGUAUGCAAUCAGUGGUUUUAGUAUAAGCACAAAAUUGUGUAGCCAUCACCAUUAUCUAAAUCAAGAACAUUUUAAUCAUCCCCAAAAGAAACCCUGUACAUCCCAAUUCACCCCAUUCCCAUCCCCUGGCAACUACUAAUCUAUUUUCUGUCUCUAUAGAUUUGCCUAGUCUGGACAGUCAUAAAAAUAUAGUCAUAUAAUGUGUGAUCCUUUGUGUCUGGCUUCUUUCACAGCAUUUUUUCAAGGUUCAUCCAUUUUGUAGCAUGUAUCAGUAUUUUUUUUGGUCAAAUAGUAUUUCAUUGUAUGGAUAUACCAUAUUUUGUUUAUCCAUUUCAUGAGUUGAUGGAAAUUUGGGUUAACACUUUUUUGCUAUUAUGAAUAACGCUUCUAUGAACAUUCAGGUACAACUUUUGUGUGCGUGUUGACAUAUGUUCUCAGUUUGGGGGAAAAUAUACCUAGGAAUGGAAUUGCUGGGUCACAUGGUAACCUUAUAUUUAACUUUUUGAAAAACUACCAAAUUUUUUUCCAUUCUCACCAGCAAAGUUUGAGGAUUCCAGUUUCCUUACAUCUUUGCCAAUGUUUGCUGUUAUCUCUGUUUAAAUAUAGCCAUCUUGGUAGAUAUGAAAUAAUAUCUCAUUGUGGUUUUGCAUUUCCCUAAUGACUAAUGAAAUCGAUCAUUUUUUCAUGUGCUUUUUGGCCAUUUCUAUUUUUCUUUGGAGCAAUGUCUAUUCAGAUCCCUUGACCAUUUUUUUGAUUGAGCGAUCUGUCCUUUUAUUAAGUUAUAAAUGUUCUUUAUACAUUCUAGAUAUAUCUCUUAUCAGAUAUAUGAUUUACAAAUAUUUUCUUCCAUUCUGUGGGUUGUUUUUACUUUCUUGAUGGUGUCCUUUGAAGCACAAAUGUUUUUAAUUGAUAUGAAGUCCAAUUUAUCUGUUUUUUUCUUUUGUCACUUGUACUUUUGAUUUCCGAUCUAAGAAUCAUUGCCUUGCCCAAGAUCACGAAGAAUUACACCUCUGUUCUCUUCUAAGAGUCUUAUUGGUUUUGCUCUUACAUUUAAGUCUUUGAUCCACUUUGAGUUUACUUUCAUAAACAUAUGAGGGAGGGAGUUUAAAUUAAUUCUCUUGCAUGUGAAUAUUCAGUUGUUCCACUCAAUUCACUUAAUUGAAAAGAUUAUUUUCUCCACUAUUGAUUUGUCUUGGAACCCUUGUCAAAAUCAAUUGGCCACAAAUGAAAGGUUUUAUUUCUGGACACUCAGUUCUAUUCCAUUGGUCUGUAUGUCUCUCCUUAUGCCAAUCUAGACUGUCAUGAUUACUGGAACUUUGAGCAAGUUUUGAAAUCAGAAAGUGUGAGUCUUCCAAUUUUGUCUCUCAUGCAAAAUUAGUUUGAGUGCUAGAGUAUCCUUAUCAUAUUAAAAAUACUACAGAAUGUCUUCCUUAAAUAAAUAGGAGGGACCCUGAGAAAACUUUUUCUACCCUUUUUUUAUGAGAAACUCUCAUACUCCAAGACUAUUUAUCAAGUAUAACUCACCAGCUAGGAUUUUCUGAUAGUCUCUAUGUAUAGGAGGUUCCAAAUGAUGCUAUUUGGUAGUACUUACAUGCACACAGAUCACAUAACUUUCUUGUAAAAGGACAUAGUUGUUGGGAUGUGUGUAUUUUGUCCUUGAGCUUAUGGCAUACUUUUUUAGUUCUCUGUUUUGGUAAAGGACAAAGGAAAAAUAAUGGCUUACAGACUGGGUCUCAGGAAACCUGCCUCUGACUGUUAGGCAUUCUCUGUGGCCUAAGUUCUUCCAUCUUGGGAUGAGGAGUAGUUAACUUAGUCCCACUUUAUAGCACCUUGGUUUAUCAGAUAUUUGAGGGAGGACAUGUAAUAUGGGAGAAGAAUGAUGAUGUUGUCAAGAAUAUGUGUGUUCUGAUCCAAGGUUGGCUUCAAAUAGCUGUGUGACCCUCUUAUUCUAUGUAAUUCAUAAGUUGCAGAUUCUUUAGUUGUGAUAUCCCUAAAGUAUAGUUAUAUUAUGGACCACUGGUUUGAACAAGCUUGCUUCUUUCUAUGUGGGAAAAGGUGGUUCUUACCUGAGGAGUAAGCCAGAAAAACAGGUCAUUCAUUUGUGUGUCACAGGCAAAUGAGGUGGGCACAGGAGACUGAUACCUCAGAGGCGGCCUAGGUGAUCUGGAGAGUUAGGACAUUGAGGUCAGUUUAGUCUCAGCCAGUGAUCAAGGUUGCCAGAAAACUGCUUCUGUGAGGUAGAAAAGAGGGUGGUACAAAGCAUUUGGAGACAGGCUGGGUGCCUGAAUAUUAAUAUAGCAGAGUUAAGAGAGAAAGAAAAAUAGAGUGGCUAUUGUGUUUUCUUCUAGUUGUUACACCUGUUUUCAUGAUAUGUACCUUUAAGUACUCCUUUAUUUCUCUUAAAGAAUCAGAAAAGGGUAAGACUUUCUUUUUAGAUCAGAGUGAGGGAAAUACAUUCUUUAUCUGAAAUAAAGUCCAAGCAGCCUUGGCUAAAAGCUAUGAUUUUCACCCAAUUUGGGGAAGCAAGUGUUGUAAUUUUUUACUCUUUCAGAACAGAUAUGUAUAAUAUAAAGAUUGUUUUAGACAUACACAACCUGCAAAGGAAGCAUUUGUUUGGUUGUCAGUCUAAAAAUAUUACCAGUGUUGAAAUAUAAACAUAUACACUUUAUCAUUUCUGUUACUCCCUCAUAUUCAGAAAAGGUAUCUAUUUAAUAAUAUUUCCACUGGAUAAAAUAAGUUUAAAAUGUAAGCAAUUUCUUUAUGAUUCAGUAGUAGUUCUAUGUUCAAGUCUUUGGCUUUGUGUACCCUUGGACAAGUUCUUAAACUGCUCUGAGCCUUCGUUUUCUCCACUGUGAAAUGAGGAAACUAUAUCCACCCCCAGUGAGGGAGUAUUAAAAAAUGUGUGAGUAAAAAUAGUUUAUAAAUAGUAAAAUGAGUUUAAAUAUGAAAAAGGUUGAUAUUUUACAAAGGCACCAAAGCAACCCAAUGGGGAAAGGAAAGUCUUUUCAUAGGCAAUUCUAUAACAACUCGAUAUCUAUAUGGGAAAAGAAAUGAAUCUUUGACCUUUACCUCAUAAAAUACAUAAAAAUUAGAAAUGAAUCAUGGCCAUAACACAAAAUCUAAAACUAUUAAGGUUCUAGAAGAAAACAUAGAAGAAUAUUUUCACAGCUUGGGGGUAGGCAAAAGUUUCUUAGGACUUUGAUAGCACUAACCAUAAAGGAAAAAAUAUUGAUGAACUCCAAAAAAAAAAGAUUUUUGUUCAUCAAGACACCAUUAAGACUAUGAAUAAACAAGCCACAGUACAGGAUAAAAUGUUCACAACACAUAUAUCUGACAAAGAACUUAUAUCCAGAAUGUACAGUAAAUUCUCACUUAACUUCAUUGACAGGUUGUUGAAAACUGAUACGUUAUUCAGUUUUACCAUAGGCUAAGUGAUAUAAAUAACAGUUACGUUCCUAAGGCAUAUUUCUGUAUAUCAGUUGGCCUAUAGUAAAAUUGGUUAACAUAGCAGUUUCCAAAAACCUAUCAACGAUGUUAAGUGAGGACUUACUGUUUUAAAAACUCCUACAACUCAAACAGAUGACCUUACUAAAGAAAAUAUAUGAAAGACCAAUAAGCCAUGAUGAAGUAUAUGACACCUUUAUUCAUGAAAGAAAUGAACAUUAAAACCUCAAUGAAAGACUACUGCACUAGAAUGACUAAAAUUUAAAUGACAACACCAAACGUUGGAGGGGAUGUGAAGCAACACUGCUAGAGAAGCAUAAAAUGGAACAACCACCUCAGAAAAAGGCCCGGAAGUUUCUUACAAAAUUAAAUAUAUCUAUUCUUUGAUCCAGCCAUUUCACUCCUAGUAUUUACCCAAGAGAAAUGAAAAUGUAUGUCCACAAAAAGACUUGUAUUAGAUUGUUUAUAGCAUUGUUAUUCAUUGUUGCCAAAAACUGGAAAUAGGGUAGUUACCCAACAGCAAGAAUAUAGAUAAAAACUGGUAAAUUCAAAUAAUGGAAUAAUACUCAGCAAAAGAAAGAAAUUAACUACUACUGAUGAAAUAACAUGAACCAAUGUCGAAAAUGUUUUACUGAGUGAAAGAAGCCAGAUAUGAAAGAGUACCAACUAUAAGAUUACAUAUAUAUGAAAUUCUAGAACAGGCAAAACCAACAUAUAGUGAAAAAUAUCAGAACAAGGGUUGGCUUUGUGAGAGAGGAGAGAAGGGGAAACUGGGAAGAGAAAUGGGGCUUUGUAAGCUGAUAGUGAUGUUCCGUGUCAUAAUAGGGGUUACACAGGUGUGAAUAUGUCAAACUCAGGGAAUGUUCUACACACACAAGCCUAAGCAAAUACUGAACUCUAGUUAAAGAUAUGCAUACUGAUAGAGAUGAAGUGUAUCGAUGUUUUCAUCUUGCGAUGAAGUGCAUCAAAAAAUAAGAUGAAUGAAAAAAUAAACGGUAAGGCAAGUACAGCAAAAUGUUAAUUGUAGAAUCAAGGUAUUAAAUAGAUGAAUGUUUGCUGUAUAAUUCUUUGUAAUGCUUUUCAACAUUUCUAUGUGGUUGAAAUUUGCCCUAAUGUUGGGAAAAAUAUAAGGUACCUAAAUAGGAAAACCCAUUAAACUUGAUUGAUAUCAGCAUCUCAAAGAAAAUAAAAUAGCAAAUGACAUAAAAAAACA